AAGUCUUUUAAAUCUCUGUGAAGCAAAUGCUCUUGGUAAUAGAGAAACAGUGAUAUCAGAUGAAAGAAAGCAAAAGGAAAGAAGACAUUCUUAAAUAUUUUCCGAAGGAAAGGACUCUUUACAGUUAGACAUGGAACGGGGUUACAAGAUUGCCACACGUUUAGGAAAUAAAAAAGACAUGUGUAUGUUUCUAGCCCUUCAUAUGGAGAAUUCUCCAAUGUGUGUUAGCCCAUCUGAAAAGUUCAAUAAAACUGGGAUUGUUGUGUGUGAGUCAGACAAAAUACACAAAAUGGUAGCAAUGAGCUGCUCCAGAGAAAACCUACAUGCUGUGCAACAUGUCAUGCUGAACGUUCCCUGUUCUUUGAAUAACUGCACUGUGUACUUGUCCAGGAAACCCUGCUCCACCUGUACUACAGUUCUCAUUCAAGGAUCAGUUUCUUCAGUCUAUUACUGGCCAAUGUCUCCAGAACUAAAAGGGGAAGAUUCAGCAGUUGAGGAAGAUCUCAAGCAAGUUGACCAAAUGUUUCUCAGAAGUAAUAUAAGUAGCAGUGUUUUUCUACCAAUCGCAGACUCUGACACUGUAUUUAAGAUUUCAUCUAGAAUCAAAAUAUACAAGUGCACAGAAUGCAGUUCCCAUUAUGCUGAGGCUGUUCCUAAAGACAUGGAAAAAAAUAGUUCAUUACUUAAUAUGCAAGGCCAUAUAAGGAUAUGUGCAGAGCAGAUGAAGAAUGCAUUGUGUUGCCUUGAUUGUUUACUACAUUGUUCCCAUGGACAAUUUGAAGAAAAAGAAAAGAUUGAUGUGGAAAAAAUGCACACACAUGCAUUGCAGCUUUGUUAUCUUUUAGCAGCAAGAUCUGAUGAUCCAGAUCGAGGUGUUGGUUGCAUAUUAUACAGUCAGAAUGGAUAUUUUUUUGGGGCAGGUUAUAAUGGAUACCCUAUUGGUGCAAUAUUUGCAAACCUGCCUUGUGCAGGUAGAAACAUCAAAAAAGAGUCAGGAACAGCAAAAGGACCAGUCCUUAUCCAUGCUGAAGCAAAUGCUCUACUAUUCAGAUCCAGAAAAAAGAUAGAAGAUAAUGAUGUUCUUUAUUGCACGAAACCUCCCUGCUCUGAAUGUCAGAACUAUAUACAGUUUGUGGGCAUAAAGAAAAUUGUUUCCGUACAAGACUCAUCACAGUCAUCAUCAAACCAACAAGACUCUACAGACUCUUUAAAGAGCAACUUUGAAUAUUAUCAGUGGAAACCUCAAUAUGCGGAAUGUUCUGCUUCCCCCUUCAGUAAGCAAACAGAGAACUCAGAAAAAAGAGAUGGAGAAGAAACAGAAAGAAAGAAUGAUAAAGGUCCUCCUUCUCGUCUACCAAAUAAAGAAGACUUGUGCAUCUUCUUAGCACUCCAUAUGGAAAAUGCACCAAACUGUCAAGAACCAACAUGUAAAUAUGUUGGUAACAAACAAAAAAAACCAGAUAUCUUAAAAUUUUUCAGAACUGGAAUUGUCAUCUGUGAAGCUAACAAACCGAAAAGGAUUAUCACAAUGGACUGCUCCACUAAGGAGCUUCAUGCUGUGCCAAGAGCAUUAUUAAGAUUUCCAAAUGCACUAGGAGGCUGUGAAGUUUACCUGUCUCGAAUGCCUUGCAUCAGGUGUGCAAAACUUUUGAUUCAAGCUCAAGUUUCUCAGGUGUAUUACUGGCCUAAUCUUGAAAUACAAACAACAGAAGUAAAUCUGAAGAAAAUUGAAAUGGAAGCUGAACAUGUUGAUAACAUCUUUAGGGAAAGCUAUAUCACUUCAGCAGUCUACAUACCAAUAUUAGAUGUUGAAAUGGUGAAGCGAAGGAUUUUUCCACGAACAGGGUCACCUCCAGUUGAUAAGAGCACCACUCCUGUUACCUCUGUAUAUAAUAGUUUAUCAUCAACUAAACUUUUAGAAAUACUUAACCUGACACACAUUAAAAAAGAUAAAUCAUUCCAACAAUCAUAUGAAGAUGAUAUUAAUAAAGCAAUGGAAUCUUUUCAGACACUGGCAGGUGGCAUUGAUACCGAAAUAAAGGAAAAUAAUUUUCAAGAGGAUAAACAUGCCAUUGAAAAACAGCCCAAGUAUACUCAUGCAUUGCAACUCUGUAACUUACUAGCAGCCAGAAAUGACAGUCCUAAUACUGGAGUGGGGACACUGAUCUACAGGAAAGAAGACAUUGUCGCUGUUGGCUACAAUGGAUUUCCAAAAGGGACAGCGAAUAGUCUGUUUGCACAGAAGGAUGAUGGUAGUUGUGACCAGCAUGCAAUCAUCUGUGCAGAAGCUAAUGCAAUUAUUCUAAGAACUGAUGAUGAUCUGAGUGACACUGAAUUAAUCACCACAUGUGAGCCCUGUAGUGUCUGUGAAAACCUAAUUAAAGCAAUGAAGAUAAAGAAAAUCAUUUGGCCUAAUCGAGAUGGAAAAAAGCAACCAGAACAUGCAACUAAAGAUCCAACAGAAGAAGAAAAUAAUCCAAGCACUGAACCCUUUCAGGUAAAAAGCAUCAUCAAAAAACAUUGUGGUGAAAAGAUUUUAGCACUCCAAGCUGAUCGAGAGAAAUGUAGUAGAAAGGAUACUGAAGGAACUUCAGUUUCAGGAGAGAAGGAAGGAAAGACAAUGGAAAUACAGUCACCAGCAGAUGAAGGACAUGCUUCUGGUCAGAAGGAAGAUAGUAACUCCACAGAGAUGUACACCUCGACCCUGAUAUAACGUGACCCGAUAUAACACGAAUUUGGAUACAAUGCAGUAAAGCAGUGCUCUGGGGAGGCUGGGCUGUGCGCUCUGAGGGACGGGGGCUGCACACUCUGGUGGAUCAAAGCAAGUUUGAUAUAACAUGGUUUCACCUAUAACGCGGUAAGAUUUUUUGGCUCCCAGGGAUAGCAUUAUAUCGAGGUAGAGGUGUAUUUACAUUAAGCACAAGUUGAAAUUUAAAAUUCUACAUUGCCUUGUGCCAGACAGUAAGUUGCUAGUCACUGCAAGGAAUUCUUCAUAUACAUUCUGAUCACCGUAGAUCAAAUUAGCUAGGUUGAAAGUGGAGUUGGUAGUCAGGUCCAAAUGUACAUGCAAUUAGUCAGUUUUUGGCUGAUACUUUAUUGUAUGUAAAUUUGACUGGCCCAAUAACUGAUCUAUGGACUGGACACCAAUAGGGGAAGUUUGAUAUUCGUGACACAUUAUAUUUUAUAUUAUAUUGUAUUAUAUUAUAAUUUAAGGAGCCUACUCAUGUGAGUAAAAUUACAUGUAUUUAUGUCUUGUACGGUCCAGGAUCCAAUUUAGCAUUGAGUUAAAGAUUUAAAGAUUUUUAUUGAGGGGUCACAGGAGAAAUACCCUGAGAAAAAUAAACUUAUUGUGAGAAGCUUUUUCACAUGUUAAAAAUAUGCUUAAUAUAUGUGCUAGGAUUGUAUUCUAAGUGGAUGUUAGGCUUCCCAUAAAUUUUCCUGGAACAUUUAUGGUUUUGGAUGACCAGUAAAGGAUGGGGUAACCAAGUCAGAAGCUGAAGUGCUACUGAGAGGGAGUAUUUCAGAAUUGGCUCAUUUUUUCCUUUGAUCCAGACAGUUGGCCGCAUUUGAGUGUCAAUAUCUUUUGGCAGCACAACUGCAGGCUUUUCACAUCAGCAGGAUAAUACUGGCAGGCGCACAGAGAUAUGGCAUAGUACAUCCCAUAAAUAAGUAUUCCCUGAGACAAAUACUCUGAUCUAAUUUACUUGCCAUGAUGAUAGUUAGGUACCCUGCCUUUGAAAACUACAGGUACAACAGUUACUCAGAUAAAAUGGUGGACAAAGGGCUUUCCUAUCACAGAUGUCAAAAAUAAAUUAAUUCAUAUAUAUGUUAACCACUGAGUGGCAGUAUAACAGCUUUAUCCACUAAGUGAUAAUGCUAACAUUCAUUCACUGAGGUUGUGUUACAUUUAUUCUCAGUUAACUGAUCCAGAGAUAUUUUCAGUGUCUAGUGUUGCUGUUUGACUGUUUUUCCUGCCAAAUAAUAAUAAACAGUUAUCCCACAUUA